AGCUGGUGUACGGAGGAAAUGAGCUACGAUUCAAAUGCUGGACCUGGUCGCCUUCUGUUUGAUGGUCCUCAGCAAAGGCUUCAAGGGUACUUCGUACUGCAAUCCGCUACUUCUAAUUCGACCUCGUUAGUGGUUGAUACUCCGCAACCCUUGCAGAAUGGAAUGUCUGUUCGGGCCACAUUGGUUACAUAGUAGAUACUUUCUGGAAGAGACACGCGACUGUUCAUCAUUGCAGGUUCGAACUAACCCCAGUAAAAAUGGGGCUUGGCGUGCUAGAUACUAGUACGCGCGCCCACGUCCCUGGGACCUCGGACAUUGUUAAAAGAGAACGCGCCACUGACGAACCGGUCGUUCACUCGAGCCUUAAAUAUGAUCGUUCAGGCACUGUGCCUAUCCUCCUCGUCCCUCAGCCAAGCGACGACCCCAAUGAUCCAUUGAAUUGGCCACUUCGAAGGCGCGAUGCCACGCUACUCGUCCUUUCUUUCGUGGCAGUGCUUUGCGCAACGACCAGCUCGUUGAUGGCUGCCAAUACUGUCACCAUUGCUCUCUACUACGGAAAAAGCUUCACUUCAGUUGCGCUCUUAACUGGGUAUCAUCUCUGUGGUGUCGGGGUCGCCGGUAUCUUGAUUGUGCCCACUGCACGACUCUGGGGAAAGCGUCACCUCUUUCUGCUCGGAAAUGCCUUGAUGAUAGUGAGCUGUGCUUGGGCCGGGGCCAGCAAGCAUAACUACCAGAGUCUGCUAUGGGCUCGCAUCUUCCAGGGCGUUGCUUUGGCUCCUUUCGAGGCUCUAUUAAAUGCAUGCGUCGGUGACUUAUUUUAUGUCCAUGAACGGGGCAAAAGAAUGGCUCUUUCUAAUGUCGCACUCUUCGGCGCGGCUUUCCUAACCCCAGUUUUGGCAGGCAAGAUCACGCAUAGCCUUGGUUGGGAGUGGACAUUCUACUUGGUCGCCAUUCUCACAGCAGCAGCUUUGCCUCUUACGUUCUUCUUCGUCCCCGAAACGGCUUUCAGGCGUCCGGACCAUCUGAGAUCAGAUUUUGAAUAUACUAAUGACCACCAGGCCGAGCCUCGCCCAACCUCACAAGUACAGCUCAACAAUCUUAUUACACCCGAGACCACUCCAGGACCAGACGAUCAAUGGCAGUCUGCGCCGUCUGUCGACGAACGUCAUCGUCCUACAUCCUCAAAAGAGCUGUCUCGAGAGACACAAAUGAAGACUACCACCAAGGUGUCUUACCUUGAAACCCUCAAACCGUUUAAUGGCCGGAAAACCGAUGAGAGCUUCUUCAAGCUUCUUCUACGGCCGUUUCCCCUGUUCUUCCAUCCCGCGAUCCUUUGGGCUUGUUUGAUCCAAGGCGUGAUCAUAGGAUGGACCGUCUUUAUCGGGGUGGUUUUGGCCGCCAUUUUCCUUGGCCCUCCACUGUGGUUCAAUGAAGUACAGACCGGGUACCUGUACACGGGCGCCUUCAUCGGCUCUAUUCUGGGUCUGGUCUUAUCGGGGCUUCUCUCCGAUUCGAUGAACCGCAUGAUGAUCAAACUCAAUCGAGGGAAAUACGAGCCGGAGUUCCGGAUUCUUCUGGUGAUCUUCCAGUUGAUCUUCUGCGGCGCAGGGCUUUAUGGGUUUGGCAUUAUCGCCCAGGAUGUCGCCAGAUAUGGGUGGCUUGUGGCGGACGUGUUUUUCGCACUAGUUAUCAUAGGAAUGGUCAUGGGCGCGGUGGCGAGUGCGCUGUACAUUGUCGAUGCCCAUCGCGAGAUCGCGAUCGAAUCAUUCACGUGCAUGUUGGUCUUCAAGAAUAUGUUCAGCUUUGUGUUGACGUUUUUUGCCUACGACUGGCUUGUGGCCCAUGGCGUCAAGCCGGCCUUCUUAGCCAUCUCCAGCAUCCAGAUGGGGAUCUGUGCCUUGAGCAUUCCGAUGUAUAUUUUUGGGAAAUGGAACCGCUCUUUCUUCUACCGCUAUGAUAUACUGAAAAUCCUGAAUUUAUGGUGAAAGCGAGAGAUCUACCGAAGUUAAUGAUAAAUCGCUUGCCUCUUCCACAUUUGCAACCCCCCUCCGAUGAGUCUGACGAACUUUAGCGGUCGCGAAUAUAUACAUUUUGAGGAAACUCCAGCAAAUAGGUGUAACUCCAACGCUGAAGAAAACCAACAGUCUCCCUUGGCAGGGCGCAAGUACUAGAACCAUGCACCACGAACCCAAUGGAUCGCUCUACCUUGUGGAGUGGUAGAGCAAUG